CGGUGGCCCAGUAGCUUGCGGAAGCUGCAGGAGGAGGACCCAGAGAGAGCACUGUGUCUGUCUGGAGAUAUCCUGCUGUGAUGGAGCGGCUGAGAGCCCUUCGAGGUCUCUUUGCUUGUGUGGGCUGCAUGCCCAGACGUACGCGUCGCGGGAGCAGAGGCAGGGCGGCAAGCGCUGUCCCUGCCUGUCCCGUGACGUUGCUGCUGCAGCGCCUGCAAGACAGGGAGGGUGACCGAGCGCAGGCGUACUGCGAGCUGGAGAGCGCCCUGUGGGAAGAGGACAGCCGCCCGCCGUGCGGAGUGGCGAACCGGCUGCUGGCAGAGGUGUCCCAGGACCUGACGGCAGCCCAGGGCGCGAUGGACAACGUGAGGACGGCUGCCAGCAAUGUCCUGGUGGCUCUGGCCCGCUCGCACUUCAGCUUGGUGAUGGCCGAGCUCCAGGGCCACCUGAAGGCCGUGGCGGAGAUGUCCAAGGAGUUUGCGCUCGUCACCCUGAGCAAGCUGUUCAGCAGCUACGCUCCGCAGUGCAUCGCCUUCAUGUGCCUGACACUGGCCGGCCUGCGCAGUGUGGCUGGCCAGGUGAGGAGCGGCCGCACCCUGCGCAUCGCUUGUGCUGUUGUCAAACAAUGGUCGGAAGGAGUCAAGGCUCACCUGUACUCCGGAAAGCAAUGCCCCUGGCCCGCCACGGAGAAAGAGCGAAUCUUUGAGAAUCUUUACCAGCUCCUCUGCUCUGUGGUGAGGAACUGGCAGGGCUGCGAGGAGGAACAGGUGAGCGCUGCUGCAGUGCCAUCCCGGGAUGCGGGGGCAGCAGUGCCGCUGCUCGGGGAGGCGGGGGACCGCGUGGAGCCACAGGGCAGGCCCUGA